ACGUGACUCCGAGCUGCCUCCGCUCUCUCCAAGCCCUAUUCCUUUAAGAUGAUGUAAUAGUCAUUUCCCUGGAUGGUUUCUUGCCUGCACUGCUCACACAACAGCAUCUGAACUGCUCCUGGCACCGUGGGACCUCAGCUUUGGAGCCCAAGCCCCGCAGGCGUCUCCUCGCCUUCCAGGCUGCUUUUCCUUCCCACCUGGCGGGGACAUGGGCGUCCCUUUGCCCUUGCCGGCAGGUGGGGUGGCUGCUGAGACCCUGGGGGGCGCAUCUGUCUGUCGCCCUGCCUCUGGGCUCUCUGAAUGCCUCUAAGUCCGGGUACCUCUUGCAACUCUCCCAGGUGCAAAGGACCUAUCUGUUCUAUAAGGUUUGGAUUUCGUUUUUUCUUUUUUUCCUACGGAAGCUUUGCUUGAAUUUUUUUUUUCCUCCGCUCCACUUCUCAGCAUCCUCUCCGUUCAACUUUUUCCCCGGAUCCGUUUUAACUAGAGAUUAGAAGUGAAUGCAUACAUACAUUCAUACACACAUAGAAAUGUACACCUACUAGCGCUUAAGUGUGGAAUCAUUGUUUUCCGAGAGCACAAAUCUCUUGACACUUUUCAUCGAUACCAAUGUCCUUUACCUGUUUGGGAUUUGACAAGACGUCCGUCCAGGCUCAGUGUGGCUGUGGUUUCUGAUUGCUCUGGAAAGGGUUAUUUCUUCGCAAGAACUGAGUCUUCAGCACUCGCUAAGACAGACCUCUGAGUAACUGGGCAUUUGGCCUUCUUGCCUACUGAGCCUAAUGGAAGAUUGAAUGUAGACGAGCUGAUUAUUACAUCCUGUGAAGUAAGAGCUCGCUGUCAGCCAGCUUUUUAACUUCUCCUCCAGCAUUAUCUCACCUGUGGACUCUCCUAAAAUUUGCUUUGUUGGGAGAAUAAAAACCAAAACAAAACCAGGGUAAGAAGGAGUAAUUUAAAAAAGAAAAGUUAGUACCUUUUCCUUACCUUACGAGUGGAUGCAAAGUCUAGGGCUGUAGCUCGUUUGGAUUACACCUUUAAUUCCAGGAGGCUGCAGAAGAAAGGGACAAUGGCUCUAAGUGGGAACUGUAGCCGUUAUUAUCCUCGGGACCAGGGGGCUGCUGUUCCCAACUCCUUCCCUGAAGUCAUAGAGCUGAAUGUUGGCGGCCAGGUUUACUUCACUCGCCAUUCCACAUUGAUAAGCAUCCCCCAUUCUCUCCUGUGGAAAAUGUUUUCCCCAAAGAGAGAUACUGCUAACGAUCUAGCCAAGGACUCCAAGGGAAGGUUUUUCAUUGACAGAGAUGGCUUCCUGUUUCGUUAUAUUCUGGACUAUCUCAGGGACAGGCAGGUGGUCCUGCCUGAUCACUUUCCAGAAAGGGGAAGGCUGAAAAGAGAAGCUGAGUAUUUCCAGCUCCCUGACCUCGUCAAACUCCUGGCCCCUGAGGAUGUCAAGCAAAGCCCGGAUGAGUUCUGCCACAGUGACUUCGAAGAUGCCUCCCAAGGAAGCGACACGAGAAUCUGCCCCCCCUCUUCGCUGCUUCCUCAUGACCGCAAAUGGGGUUUUAUUACUGUGGGUUACAGGGGAUCCUGUACCUUGGGCAGAGAGGGGCAAGCAGAUGCCAAGUUCCGGAGAGUUCCCCGGAUUUUGGUUUGCGGAAGGAUUUCCUUGGCAAAGGAAGUCUUUGGAGAAACUUUGAAUGAAAGUAGAGACCCCGACCGAGCUCCAGAAAGAUACACCUCCAGAUUUUAUCUCAAGUUCAAACAUCUGGAAAGAGCUUUUGAUAUGUUGUCAGAGUGUGGAUUCCACAUGGUGGCCUGUAACUCUUCGGUUACAGCAUCCUUUGUCAACCAGUAUACAGAAGACAAGAUCUGGUCGAGCUAUACUGAGUACGUCUUCUAUCGUGAGCCUUCCCGGUGGUCCUCCUCUCAUUGUGACUGCUGCUGCAAGAAUGGCAAGGGAGACAAAGGAGAGAGCGGCACCUCAUGUAAUGACCUCUCUACUUCCAGCUGUGACAGCCAGUCAGAAGCCAGCUCUCCCCAGGAGACGGUGAUCUGUGGGCCUGUGACGCGCCAGAACAACAUCCAGACUCUGGACCGACCCAUCAAGAAAGGCCCGGUGCAGCUGAUCCAACAGUCAGAGAUGAGGCGAAAAAGUGACCUGCUCCGGACUCUGACAUCAGGCUCCAGGGAGUCGAACAUAAGCAGCAAAAAGAAAACUGCGAAGGAAAAGCUCUCCAUCGAGGAAGAGCUGGAGAAAUGUAUCCAGGAUUUCCUGAAGAUAAAAAUUCCAGAUCGCUUCCCUGAGAGAAAACAUCCUUGGCAGUCUGAACUCUUACGGAAGUAUCAUCUAUAGGGGGAGGGCUGCGGGUAGUCACCACUUUGAAAUAAACCUCCCCAAAGGAAGACAUAUGUUAAA